GGGCGGCGGCGGCGGCGGGGGGGCCGCUCCGCAGUUCGCGGUCUGCCGGCGCCCCGGCACACACCGAGCGCUGGAAGCUCCGCUGCGCCGUCUGCCAACCCGGGAUCUACCUCCGUGCUUUUUUAUCCCCGGCUUCUUUUUUCUCUCCCCAUCGCCCGUUUUUCUCAGUCUCGGAAAAUUCUUGGGGUGCUGGGGGAAUUUGGGAUUUUCUUUCUAAAAGGGGGUGUCUGGGCAUCUCCCCCCCCGCACCCGCUGCCUUGCUCCACUUGCCCUUGCGCCUUUUUUCUUCUUUUCCCCUGCCAGUCUCUCCACCAAACCCGGGCUGAUGUGCUGUGCAAGAGGCUGGAAAUGGAAGUGUUGAUGCUCUGGCUUUUCCCCUGGAUAUUUCAGUGCGUGUCGGUGCGGGCGGACUCCAUCAUCCACAUUGGUGCCAUUUUCGAAGGCAAUGCUGCCAAGGACGACGAGGUGUUCAAGCAGGCAGUGUCGGAUCUGAACCUCAAUGACGACAUCCUCCAGAGCGAGAAAAUCACUUACUCCAUCAAGCUCAUAGAGGCCAACAACCCCUUCCAUGCGGUGCAGGAAGCCUGUGAUCUGAUGACUCUGGGGAUCUUAGCCUUAGUGACAUCCACUGGUUGUGCCUCGGCCAAUGCCCUGCAGUCCCUGACAGAUGCCAUGCACAUUCCACACCUUUUUGUACAGCGCAACACAGGAGGCUCCCCACGCACAGCCUGCCACCUGAACCCCAGCCUGGAGGAGGAGGAGUACACGCUGGCUGCCCGACCGCCGGUCCGCCUCAAUGACGUUAUGCUGAAACUGGUCACUGAGCUGCGGUGGCAGAAAUUCAUAGUAUUUUAUGACAGUGAUUAUGAUAUACGUGGACUGCAGGGAUUUCUUGAUCAGGCCUCAAGACUGGGACUUGAUGUGUCAUUACAAAAAGUGGACAGGAACAUCAGCAGAGUCUUUGCCAACCUUUUCACUACCAUGAAAACAGAAGAGCUGAACCGCUAUCGGGACACAUUGCGAAGGGCUAUCUUACUCCUAAGCCCACGGGGAGCCCAGACUUUUAUUAAUGAGGCUGUGGAAACCAACCUUGCAUCAAAGGAUAGUCACUGGGUCUAUGUAAAUGAGGAAAUCACUGAUAAUGAAAUAUUAGAGUUGGUGCAUAGUGCUCUGGGGAGGAUGACAGUUAUCCGGCAAAUUUUCCCUCUCUCAAGGGACAACAAUCAGAGAUGCAUGAGGAACAAUCACCGAAUAUCAUCGCUGCUGUGUGACCCACAAGAAGGCUAUCUUCAAAUGCUGCAGGUUUCCAACCUGUACCUGUAUGACAGUGUGCUCAUGCUGGCCAAUGCUUUCCACAGAAAACUGGAGGACAGGAAAUGGCACAGCAUGGCAAGUUUGAACUGCAUGAGGAAAUCCACCAAACCUUGGAAUGGAGGACGAUCCAUGCUAGAGACUAUUAAGAAGGGCCAUAUAACUGGGCUUACUGGUGUUAUGGAGUUCAGAGAAGAUGGCGCCAACCCCUAUGUUCAAUUUGAAAUACUGGGCACUAGCUACAGCGAAACAUUUGGCAAAGAUGUGCGGAGGAUUUUCUUGAAAUAUCAGCGGCUUCAGAAACAGUCAUACUUGUUUCCUGCAGCACUUCUGAGGCAGAUUGCAGAAGUCACUUUGGCAACGUGGGACUCUGAGAAAGGACUGAAUGGUAGCCUACAAGAACGACGUCUGGGCAAUGACUUACAAGGAUUGACACUCAAAGUGGUUACUGUCUUGGAAGAACCUUUUGUGAUGGUGGCAGAGAACAUUCUUGGGCAACCAAAACGAUAUAAAGGAUUUUCCAUUGAUGUCCUGGAUGCACUUGCCAAGAAUCUGGGCUUCAAGUAUGAGAUAUAUCAGGCUCCUGAUGGCAAAUAUGGACAGCAGCUCCAAAACAGCUCCUGGAAUGGCAUGAUUGGAGAACUAAUUAACAAGAGAGCAGACCUAGCCAUCUCAGCCAUCACUAUAACACCAGAACGAGAGAGUGUUGUGGACUUCAGCAAGCGGUACAUGGACUAUUCCGUGGGGAUCUUAAUCAAAAAGCCUGAAGAGAAAAUCAACAUCUUCUCUCUCUUUGCUCCUUUCGACUUUGCGGUGUGGGCUUGCAUUGCUGCAGCCAUCCCUAUAGUUGGUGUCUUGAUAUUUGUCUUGAACCGGAUCCAGGCAGUCAGGGCGCAGAAUGCUUCCCAGCCGAGCCCUUCUGCUUCCUCUACCCUCCACAGUGCCAUCUGGGUUGUUUACGGCGCCUUUGUUCAGCAAGGGGGAGAAUCUCCUGUAAAUUCUGUAGCUAUGCGCAUUGUAAUGGGAAGCUGGUGGCUCUUCACCCUUAUCGUGUGCUCUUCCUACACAGCAAACUUAGCAGCUUUUCUCACAGUAUCAAGGAUGGAUAAUCCCAUAAGAACAUUUCAGGAUCUGUCCAAACAAAUGGAUAUAUCUUAUGGUACAGUCAGGGAUUCAGCAGUGUAUGAAUACUUUAAAGCAAAAGGGACCAACCCUUUGGAGCAGGAUAACACAUUUGCUGAACUGUGGAGGACUAUCAGUAAGAAUAAUGGAGCAGAUAAUUGUGUAUCGAACCCUUCUGAAGGCAUCAGAAAGGCAAAGAAAGGAAACUAUGCUUUCCUGUGGGACGUGACAGUGGUAGAAUAUGCUGCGCUGACGGAUGAUGAAUGCUCUGUGACAGUCAUUGGAAACAGUAUCAGCAGCAAAGGAUAUGGGAUAGCACUCCAGCAUGGAAGCCCCUACAGAGAUCUUUUCUCCCAGAGGAUCCUAGAGUUGCAAGAAAGCGGAGAUUUGGAUGUUCUUAAACAGAAAUGGUGGCCACGGAUGGGACGUUGUGACCUGAAUAGUCAUGCCAAUGCACAGACAGAUGGGAAGGCACUCAAGCUUCACAGUUUUGCAGGAGUUUUCUGCAUUUUAGCAAUAGGCCUCCUUCUUGCAUGCUUGGUGGCAGCAUUGGAAUUGUGGUGGAACAGCAACCGUUGUCAUCAAGAAACACCGAAAGAGGACAAAGAAAUGAACCUGGAGCAGGUCCAUAGACGCAUGAACAGUUUAAUUGAUGAAGACAUAGCCCACAAGCAAAUCUCUCCAGCAUCCAUUGAAAUUUCAGCCUUGGAGAUUGGUGGCAUGCAGCCAGCUCAGACCCUGGAGCCAGUACGUGAAUACCAGAACACACAACUUUCUGUCACUACCUUUUUACCAGAACAGACAACUCAUGGUGCCAGCAGGACACUCACAGCUGCGUCAGGCAGCAACCUGCCGCUGCCCCUGAGCAGCUCAGCCACCAUGCCCUCCAUACAGUGUAAACACAGGUCACCAAAUGGAGGACUAUUUCGUCAGAGUCCUGUGAAAACCCCGAUCCCAAUGUCAUUUCAGUCUGUGCCAGGGGGAGUCAUUCCAGAAGCAAUGGAGCCCUCGCAUGGAACAUCCAUAUGACGAAAACUAACAAUAAAACAACCAGCAGAGCUUUUUAAUACAAAAUUUAAAAGAAAUGAAAAAAAAACAAAAACAAAAACAAAACGAACUCUCACAUUUUUCUUGUAUAUACCUGUAAAUAAUGAAAGAAUGAAGUGGGGUAAAAGUGUAUUUUGAAUAUUCCCAAUUUUCGAAGUAAGUAAAAAACAAAAAAAAAAAACAAACAAAAAUGUAUGAAUGACUUUGUAAAUUUUGUUCUAUAUGAAUAAAAAGGCAAACUACUUGUGAUCGUUCUCAAGUGCCAAAGAAGACCAGUUACUGGGACUGAGGGCCAUACAUUGUUUUUUUUUUCGUGGAUUUCAACAUUUAUUCUCUUCCUGUUUUUCUGUGGGUUUGGUUUUGUUUGUUUGUGGGGAUUUUUUUUUUUUUAAAGAAAAAUAUGUAUCUGUUUCUUGCUAGAAGAGCUGUCUGUGCUCAGAUCUCUCCUUUCCACAGAACCCUAUUUUACAGUCAAUUUUACAAGGCAAUUCACUUGGAGAAUGUAAGAGCUGGUAUUGGUGUAGCAGUAACAAAAGUUUUAAAUGUGAAUUAUAAACCAAGAAAUGGGGAAAAGAAAAAAAGUAAGAGAAAUUCUCCCAUUUAGCAAGGGAUUUAAAUUUCCACACAGUUUCUAAGUUUAAGUACAGGAUUGUUUAAUUGUGAUUUUAUAUGUCUGCUGUGCUGUGUGGCUCUUUUUAUUUAGCCUUCUGUGUUUUGUUAUAUAUAUAAUGUAUAUUACGUAUAUUAUAUAUAUGACAUAUAUAUAUAAAUGCUUUAAUAACAGGUUUUACUUUAAGGAGAAAGUUUUUAAGAAAAAACUGAUCAGCUCUUUUUUGCGUCUUGUGUACACGACCGCAAAUGGGGAGGAACCAAUAUUUGAAAGGAGUGAGCCAAGGAAGAACAGGAGAUAAUGGCACUGCAGUGACUGCCCUCUGGUGCCAUCUCUUUCUUUAAGAUUUCAAGGAAUUUGCUGCAUAAUGGAUGCAAUGCUUUUUGUUAAAGUCAUAUUCCUGAAUGACAAGGCUAAGGUCAUGACUAUAAGCACAGCUUUGCUUUUUUUCCAUUGAUUUUUGUAAAGAUAAACAUUUUAAUGGCCAUGUCUAUAAUCUUAGUAGAAAUGGCUAUAAAAUGUUUGAGGGUUGUUUUGUUGUUUUUUUUUUUGUCUAUGAAACACAAUCAGAGGACAAAGGUAGAGCAAUACUUACAGUGAAUUUAAUGUCUCCUGCAAAGGAGAAGGAGCAAUUUCAUAUGACAAAAAAUCAAAACCAAACCACAUUGUUUCCUUUCCACAUAGUGGUUCAAAUGCCCAAGAAGACUGAUACCCAAUGCCCUGCCCACUGUUGUUAAUGUACAAUCACUAUCUUUCAGAAUUGUGACCAUUUAGUGUCUUCUCAAACAUAUCCAUAUAGCUGGGUUAUAAUUUCCCUUUGUAGCUGGAUUUCUUCACUUUAUUAGAACACUGCUAUUUGUGCAAAGGGCUGUAGAUCUCGGUGCAGCAAAAUCAAUGCCUACAUUAAAUUAUGUUUGAACAGAGGUAAAAUCUAUUCACAUCCCAAGAAAGUCAGCAGGAAAUCUGGGUCAGAUUUUUUGACAAAUAAACAUUCCAUUGACUGCUUCUAAUCUGAUUUGCAUAAUUACACAACAGGUACAUUUAUGAGAUGAUAAACGCCCUCAAAUUCUUACAUUUCUAGUUUAAGUGAUAGGGAAGAAAAGCGAAUGCGUGAUUCAAAACCAGCCUAAUGGAAGCACAUACUCAGCAUACCACUUUUCAAAUGAGGAAUAUUGAUGGUGAAUUUAGAGAAAGAGUAUUUUUGCAGGGAUUAAUUUGUCUUUGUUGUCAAGCUGGUUCCUCAUGAAGACAGUCGAUUUUGCAGCUUAGCACAAAUUAUACUAUUAGCUUCAAACUAAUUAAAAAUGAAUAAUACUGCAGUCAGCUCCCUAGAUUUAUCCUAUUUAGAGACUUGGCCCACACAAGCUUCGGAUUCUUUUCUUUCUUCUUUCAUCAUAGUUAUCACAAUCUUAACAAACCUAUGGCCAAAGGAAAAAAUAGACAUUUCUGCCACUGAUUUUUUCCUCACUUUCCAUAAAUACACUAAUUAGUUAUGGCAGAAAUAGCUUAAGAAAAAACCAACAAAACAGAAAACCCCCACACCUAGGUACCUGUAAACACUAUUAGAAGCGACUAUUUGUAUUGGAAAAAUCCCUCAUUUCUAUUAUUAUUUAAGAUUUUAGCAGAUGCAGAUGAACAUGCUCCAGAUGAGGUGCAAGGAGAUGCUUGUGUAACUAUGGGGGUGCAAUCUGCAAGCUAGGGCUUGGCUGGAGUGGGUAUUCCAUCCCCAGCAGUACCAAAGUGAGCUGGCCAUCAACCCUCGUCCUGAGUAUCAUCCAGAGCAGGUUGGUGAGUAGCAGGCUUGGCCACCUCAGCAGCAUGAGGCAAUCACACAGCCAUGUCCUCCCUUUUGGAUGGCGAAGCACAAUAGUGACCUGCUGGUGCAUAGUAGCAUAGCCACUGCUGCUGGUUCUGCAGCAACAUUGUAAGGAACAAGCUUGUCAGAGGCUGUCCGAGUUCCUUUGCCAUUUCCCCACAAAGCAUGCUAUUUAUUUGCUGCAGCACAGAUCAGAAUAGGGAACUGAAACCCUCCUUUACUGAGGCAUCACUGAUUUCAUAAACCAUCUUAAUUUUUUUUUAUAGUAGUCUAAACAAUGAUACUGAAUAAACAACUGCAUUUGUAGAAUAAACUGUGAAUACAGUGUAUUUUGGGGAUUAGCAUUCUCCAUAUUCAUUGUUCUUUUGGCUUAGUCUUGCUGUAUGCUGUAGAGUUUGGAAGUAGGAUUUAACUUCUAAACAAUGUUGGAUCUCACUGAUUCUAAUGAAUAGAAUAUGACUCACCUGUUUGAAUCCUCUGCAGAAUUACAUCUAAGACAAUCAGGAUCUUGAAAAAUCAAACCACACAGACUUCUCUCAGAAAUGUAUUUAAGCAUGUGUGUAAGACCUAUAAGAAAGCAGCUGUUUUAUGCAUAGGUUGAAGUGCUUUGCUGUUUAAUGACUCAGUUAAAAGGCACAUCUCAAAUUAAAUAUAGGACUAGUUUCAAGCAAGUGAGUGAGCUCACUAAGCUCUCUGGGGCAAUUCAGUUGCUUAAGGUUAACUGUCUUGAGUGCUUUGCUGCACCAGGGUCUCUACAGUAGAAGUAAGGCAUCUACAAUGGAUCUGUCAUUGUCUAGUAAUUGUUUAUAUAAAAGUUAGCAAGUCAUAGCUUGAGCUUGUCAACCACGACAGGAAGCUAUUCAAUCUUUCAUGUGACGGUGGUUUGGUUUUAGAUUAUUUAAGCAAAUCACCAGGUUCUCCUUGAACAUAAACAGUAUUUCUUUCCCCGUAACUUUCAGUUUUGAAAGUAAAUGCAGAAUGUAUCAUUUCCAUAUUCUGUCUCCUGUUUUAUAUUUAUAUCUUCAAGUUGACACAUCAAAGCAUUCACUUUCUAUAUAAUAUGUAUUCACCACACACUCAUGCAUAUAUAUAUAUACAUGCGCAGUUACUCACAGAAGAGGUGAGAAAUAUAACUUCCAUGUGAUGUAAAUGAGCAUAAGUUCAAAGCCCUCACAGAGCUGUGCUGAUUUACACCACCUGCAGGUUUGACCCUUCACUUGUAAUAUCAGGCAAAUUGAUGUAGAAAAAAACUUGCAGAAAUUCCCAAAAACUUUGAAGACCAAACUGCGUCCUUGAUUUUUAAGUGGAAUUUCCCCUGAGUGUGUUGAAAAAAGGAAUAAUAUAUGAUCCCAAAUAUUGCAGUUCCUCCAGGAUGUUUACACUGCAAAGGUGGUUGUACAUGAAAUAGAAAUUGAGUGCCUAUACCUUCCUUCUAUUGUGCUCUUUUGCUGAUGAACUUUCGUGAAUAACAUCUGUGGCAGAGCACUUGUAGUGCAUCUUGUUCUAUUGUUCCGUUAGUUUAGAAAUGACUUUAUUUUCAUACAAAAAUGUGACUCUGUUUCUUCUAUUUGCUUGCAAUCCAUGGGCAAUCUGCUUGCAAUCUGAAGAAUGCAUUGCUCUUACUUCUUAGUAUGUCAUGUUUUUCUAUUGCAAUGGAAAAAGAGUAAUUGUGCUUUUUAAUUUCAGAGUUGAAACUUGAUAGAACAUUUUUAUGCUGAGUUACAACAACAUGUGUGCAAUACUUGUCCUGCAAAGUGAAAUUCCCAAUAUCUGCCUUGCUUUGAUAACCAUUGCUACACUGUAGAUGAAGUUUCAGCAAAACUUUCAAUCUCUCACUUUCUCUUAGUCUGCUCAUAGAAUAAAACACUUAAAUCUGGGUUCUCACCUCUGUAAAUCAGCAUCCCUCUAGUGAAAGGGUCAAGCAUACUAAGUUUAAGUAGGUGAAGAUUUGGCUUUUAAUACUGGGCUUGAGAGCACUGCUUCCCCUGAACAUAUAUUCAGUGAUAGCUCUGUAAAGGAAAAUGUUUUGAGUCUCAAAAAUUACCUCAAAAAAGGAAUAUUUAUUACUAUUCUGAGGACUUAAUAUGGAUUUCAGUUUAAACUGUAUGCUGAGAACAAAUUUCUUCUUAAAAUCUGUUCAGUUUUAGGUAUAUCUCUCCUCUAAGAAAGGUUAAAGCUGUUAGCUUGGUGGCAAGUGGAGCAUUCCUUUGAAAGGAGAUCAUGUUACUGGGCUAGUACAGCAACCACAGUGCUCAGACCUUUUUAAUUUAUUAUGUUCUGCUUUACUGACUUGAAUGUAUGUUGUGGGCAGCUAGAGAGUGACAGAUCUAACCACAACACAUUUGAGGGACCUGUUGAGGGACCUUUACCCAAAGAAUCCACAUCCUUUGGCAGCCAAUGAGAAGGUUAGAAGAAAACUCUUAAGAGAAGCAAAAUUAAAGGUAAAAUGAACAUGAGGUGAAGGGAGAGGGAGAAAAGUGUGGAUACAACUCAUAUGUCUAGCAAAGCUGUAUUACUUCUAUUGGAAGCCUAGAUUCCAUCAUACAAGCAGUGGCCUCAGUUAAUUGCUAUUUUUCUUAAUUUUUAGAAACAAAUAAAAAAAAGCAUUUGUUCUACAAGAAA